AUGUUGUGGACAUACAGUCAGGAGGACAUCCAGAAGGUGAUGAUCAGCAUCUGGUCGUACGUCCGUCUGGAGGACAUCCAGAAGGUGAUGAUCAGCAUCUGGUCGUACGUCCGUCUGGUCUGCAUAUUAGUGCACAACUUGUAUACAAUACCUGUCUAUCUGUUCAUCAAUUGGCUGGUCUUGUGGCCCCUGUAUCUCAUCGAUGUCCACAAGUAUAUGAUGGUCGAGAACUAUCUCUACAACUGGUGUCUCUAUAUCGUCAGCUCCUGGAGCUAUGGCGCCGGCAUUAUCAUCCAUGAGUUGGGCGACGACUUGUAUCAACUCAAAGAGGAGAAGACACGUCUACUGAUAAUAGCCAACCAUCAGUCGACAGCUGACGUCCCACUUAUGAUGCAGUCGUUCACAUCCAGAAGCAAACGGGUCUUGCUAUGGAUAAUGGACGUGGCGUUUAAGUGGACCAACUUCGGAGUGGUGUCCAUAACACACGGCGACUACUUCUUGAAUACCAAGAGCUAUACACCCGGAGAUAUAUUCAGACAUAUCACCACUCCUUUCAGUCGCUUCAAGGAUGCCAUCAUUCUCUUCCCCGAAGGGGGCUUUCGAUUCAAACGCCUGAACUCAUCGAACAAAUUCGCGGCCAAACAUAACUACCCGGCCCUCUAUCACGUGACAUAUCCGCGCUUCGGCGCCUACAACGAGGUUAUGGAGUCUGAGGCCGGCAUCACACACGUCGUGGACCUGACGAUCGCCUACGAAGACCUUCAAAACCCGUUGUCAAUCGUUGACAUCGGACGCGGGAAUCGGAAGUCAGCCGUUGUUUUUAAUUAUCGUAUUUACGACGUCAACCAAACGCCUGACAUUAAGACAGAGGAAUGGCUGAACAAAGUCUGGAAGGAGAAGGAGGAGCUGCUACUCAAGUACUACACCGACCGCCAGUCCCUUCUUAACACAUUACAUGAGUUUAAUGUAGUGUCUCUCAGUUGGCUUAAAAUAAUAGGCGUUCAUGUGUUUCAUCUGUCGUUUUGGUUUGUUUUCUAUGUGUUGUAUAAAAAGACUAAACAUUAUGUGUUUUGAUAUCACUUUUGAAUUGAAAAGCAAUACACAAACACUACAAAUAAAAACUCAUUAAGUCUUAUAAUUAUAAUUUUAGGACCAUUUAAGUAAAUCUCUCUCUCUCUCUCUCUCUCUCCCACUUUCCAUAGCUUUCUGUGUAUUUCU